ACGCACCACGCACACACUUUCCAUUUGAGGCGUGGAUGAGAAGUCGUUAAUGGUGGCUGCGCUGUGGCGGCUGCUGCUGCUGCUCGGGGGAGCGGAAGUGGAACGAACGCGGCCUGAGCCCGAGUCCCAGCUCCCUCCGCCACCCCAGCCAUGGGGCAUGGAGGGCCACAGGUGCCCGCAGCACCGUGGCGGAGGGGAAAGGGCAGUUCGGGGCGGCUCUCAGGAGCAGCCUCCCUAUCCUGGGUAUGGCUCCCACUACUGGAAUUCUCAGCCAAGGACUUGCUAUCAAAGUUCAUAUUCAGUUGGACCUGAGCUUCAAAGCCAGGGAAUUGACCCUUCCUACACAAAUGGUGUUUAUGGCACUCCAUACUCCUCUGCUCCUGGGACAGGGUCGCCAUAUCCCAAUCUCCCUCAAACAAACGCCUGCUAUUCCUCAGGGCAUCCUCAUGCCCCUUAUUCUACAGAAUCGUACAGAUAUCCGUCACCAGCUUUGAACUGGAAUUACCCCCCACCAGACUGUCCAACCGAGGGCUCCAUGGUGAGGAGGCAAGUACCAGGAUACUCUCCACCACAGACCCCAGGCUUUCCUGUCCCAUCCUAUCCCUAUGGGGACUGCAGCCGUGGCAUCCCUCCACAGGGGCCGCCACCACCCCAGCCAAGACUUCAGGACACAACUUGGCGACCUCCUGGAGUUUAUGGGAUGCCGCCUCCUUAUGGCUGGUCUCCUACACCAGGACCCAGGAAUCAAUACGUUGCAGAAUCCUCUCCACCUUGGCCUGUCAGUGGUCCAGCUGCUCCACAUCCUCCAAACAACAAUGCAAAGGAAUCCUCUUAUAGCCAGUUGGAACAAGGAGUUAACCAGCACAGCUACUAUCCUGAAGCCAAUCACCUGCCUUCUGGGACCAUGGAUGAAUACAAGCCAGGACAACUUGACACUAAACGAUCUGCUUCCAACUCCAAAGUGCAGUACAGUGCACAACCCCAACUGUAUGAUAAUGUACAUAGGAAGCAAUCGGUGAUGGUUGAUCAUGGACCAAGCUCUAAAAUUGAUGUGCAGCCUCCAUUAGAACACACGGAUGUGCAGCCAGAAAUUCAGAAAGUUAUGGAAGUUAUGGAGGGAGUUGAACAGUUGGAAGAAGAGGUAGAUGAAUUUGUGGGGAAAAAGAUGGACAAAGCUUAUCGGAUGCUGGAGGAAAUGCUGACCAAGAAGUUGUUGGAGCUGGACUCCAUAGAGACAGGAGGUCAGGACAAUGUGCGUCAGGCAAGAAAAGAGGCUGUUCACAGAAUCCAGGCCAUAUUGGAAGAACUGGAAAGAAAGGGGCUUUAAUUUGCUUUGCAACGUUCCUAAAACCAAGUCCUGGAAUGCCCAAAGAUCCCUGGCUUUGCUCAAUCCUCAGCCCUUUUGGCCAUCCAAAGCAAUAAAGUGGUGACUUGCGUUCUGAUUUUAAUACAACGCACAGUGAGCCGAAUAAAACACCAGACGCAAAUUCUUAGUGUUCUUUCCAAUGAAUGUAGGGGAAAGGUUGAAAUGCUGACCUUUACGGUGGAAGAUGCUCUAGGUGGGGUAGUCUCCAUGGAUAUCUGCACACUUUCCACCCACAGGAAGAAAGGGAUUGUGUUAAAGGACUUCUUGAUAUCAGGAUGUGCAUCUCUGAAGAGAUCUCUUGGCACACCAAGGACUCCUGACAGAUUAACGCAACUGUCAAAUCUUUGUAUGGUACAGAGAGAUUAGUUGCAACACAGCACCAGUAAAACCAAGACUUCAGUCUCCAUAGCCACCCAUCUUGUGUAUUAUUUACAGUUUUCUUGCUUCUUGUCAUAGAAAUUGUGUAGGGUUAUGUAUCUUUUUUAUCUAUACAGUGUUAAGUGAAACCAUACUGAUGAACCAGUCAGUAGGGCAACCAAAGCCAGUACUGCUUUCAUGCCUUUCCCCUUGUAUCAUGAAGGUAUAAUCCAAUGCUUUUUAUGGGCCAGGCAGAAGGAACCUAGGAGAUGCUUGGGAAUGUUGUUGUAAGCGCUUUGGCCUAGGGACACUGGAGGACAAAUGCAUUUGUUAUGUCAUUUCAUGUGUUUUUAUAUUUCACUUUAAUCCGUGUAACUGGUGGUUCUGUACAAUGAGCUCUGCUAUCAGGAGUGGGACCGGCAAGGCUUCCACUGUGUGUACCUCCUAGCUCAUCACAAAGUUGUCCUUGUUCCAUAUGACAAAUCUUGAUGAGUUUUAAAAUAUGCACUUAUUACAAGAAGUUUUGAAAACAAUACUAUUGGUGUCAGAUCAUUAAAAUAAGUUGGAUGUGACUAAAA